AUGACCAGCAUUUACGUUGCGUCUCGUUUUCGUCAGGUGAUAAAGGUGUGCUCCUCCUGCUGUCCGGCGCGAGAGCUGAUCCGUGUGUUCGACGUGACGGAGUGCACGGCUCUGCACAGGCACGGCACGGGCCGCCGCUGUCCUCACUGCGGGGGGGAGCUGCGGGACACCAUCGUGCACUUCGGGGAGCGCGGGACCCUGGAGCAGCCGCUGAACGAGCGGGGCCGCGCAGCGGGCCGACCUCAUCCUCUUCCUCAAGUUGCUGCUUGUCGUGUGUUUGUCCAUCAGGUGCUGAAGAAGUACUCCUGCUUGUGGUGCAUGAACAGACCAGCCAACAAAAGACCAAAGCUGUACAUUGUGAAUCUUCAGUGGACACCGAAAGAUAACUUGGCCACUCUGAAGAUCCAUGGGAAGUGUGAUGCGGUGAUGGGUCUCCUCAUGGAGGAGCUGGGUUUGGAAGUUCCCGUUUACAACAGGUAA